AUGGCGGACCGAGACAGCGGCAGCGAGCAGGGUGGUGCGGCGCUGGGCUCGGGCGGCUCCCUGGGGCACCCAGGCUCGGGCUCAGGCUCCGGCGGGGGAGGUGGUGGCGGCGGGGGCGGCGGCGGCAGUGGCGGCGGCGGCGGCGGGGCCCCGGGGGGGCUGCAGCACGAGACGCAGGAGCUGGCCUCCAAGCGGGUGGACAUCCAGAACAAGCGCUUCUACCUGGACGUGAAGCAGAACGCCAAGGGCCGCUUCCUGAAGAUCGCUGAGGUGGGCGCGGGCGGCAACAAGAGCCGCCUCACUCUCUCCAUGUCAGUGGCCGUGGAGUUCCGCGACUACCUGGGCGACUUCAUCGAGCACUACGCGCAGCUGGGCCCCAGCCAGCCGCCCGACCUGGCCCAGGCGCAGGACGAGCCGCGCCGGGCGCUCAAGAGCGAGUUCCUGGUGCGCGAGAACCGCAAGUACUACAUGGAUCUCAAGGAGAACCAGCGCGGCCGCUUCCUGCGCAUCCGCCAGACGGUCAACCGGGGGCCCGGCCUGGGCUCCACGCAGGGCCAGACCAUUGCGCUGCCCGCACAGGGGCUCAUCGAGUUCCGCGACGCUCUGGCCAAGCUCAUCGAUGACUACGGAGUGGAGGAGGAGCCGGCCGAGCUGCCCGAGGGCACCUCCUUGACUGUGGACAACAAGCGCUUCUUCUUCGAUGUGGGCUCCAACAAGUACGGCGUGUUUAUGCGAGUGAGCGAGGUGAAGCCCACCUACCGCAACUCCAUCACCGUGCCCUACAAGGUGUGGGCCAAGUUCGGACACACCUUCUGCAAGUACUCGGAGGAGAUGAAGAAGAUUCAAGAGAAGCAGAGGGAGAAGCGAGCUGCCUGUGAGCAGCUCCACCAGCAGCAGCAGCAGCAGCAGGAGGAGACUGCCGCUGCCACCCUGUUGCUGCAGGGUGAGGAAGAAGGGGAAGAAGAUUGAUCAAACUGAAUGGAAAAAAAAAAAAAACCCACACACACAUGCAUACACACACACACACAGCCACACACAGAAAAUAUACUGUAAAGAAAGAGAGAAAAUAAAAAGUAAAAAAGUUAAAAAAAAAAAAAAACUGUUAACUCCAAGGGAGCACCACCCACAGAACCUCCACCAACUGACAGUUUCUCUUCCUGACUUGCCACCCAUCGCUGGAUGUUGUCCACUUUAUCCACCAUAUAAAACAGUAAGCAGCUGCUAAAAACAAAAACAAAAAAAAUACAAAAAGUAAUAACAUUAUAUGAACUGUGUUUCCUACUUGAUUAAAAAAUAUAAAGAACUGAGUGUUUAUUUCCCUAAUUAACCAAGAACUUUUGUACACGUUUAAGCUAUUAUUAUUAAAAGUGUUUGCAAAAUGGUCAAGAUUAUAAUAUUGCUGAAUUAUAUAAAAGUCCUUUUCAUGUUGAGCUAACAUUUGACUUUAGCACAAAAAAGAGAUAUUUUAGAACACGUAAAAUAAUAUUUUUAGUUUUUCUCAUUUUGUUACCAAAUUUCAAACCUUACAUGGAGGUUAUUAUAGUAUAUUUGACACCCUAUAUACCUGUGAUUAGAGAUGUGUAUAUAUAUGAGGGCUAGGCAUGCUGUGUGUCUGAGCUUUGUCUAAAUGUUAUGCAGAAGUUUGUAGAGUUAAAGGUACGUAGGUUUAAUUCAUGCAAGGUAAACAAUAAGUGCUCUCUUUUAUACAAUAUGCAUUGCAUCUGGACCUUAAACAUAUAAAAAUGGUCAGUGAAACUUCUGUGAACAUGAAGAAAUUAUUAAAAAAGGCAUUUAAAUGAAAUUUGCUAAGUUGUGAUUUUUACGGUUGGAACCAAAGUUAUUCAAAUAGUAAAAGGAAAAAGAGAAAGAAAGAUAAAGGAAAUCUCCCAUAAUAUUUUUCUGCAUCUGUUUGCUUUGACUGAGUAGGUGUUUUGUCAUUAUUGUGUAUAUGAGAUGUAUCGUUCAUAAUAUAUUUUUUUUAUUAUGUGUAGAAAGAUUUUAAAAACUAACGUGCAGCAAUUUCCAGUGAACCUGUACUUGGACAUCAGGUAGCGAGUCUAUUUGUGGUCACUAGCACUGUCUCCUAAACUAGUAAGAGGUCUGAAGCUGUUCUUUGAUUUUUGCCAGUGCUAUUAACUUAUGUAGACCUGUUAAAAAGCAGAGCAACACAAUUAUAGUUAUCCUACUGAGCCAUGGAUUCUGAGUUUCAUUUUAAAAGUGAAAGCCAAGUUGGUAUGUGUAAAGGAUUUCCAUGUAGCUGUGGUGCUAGUUAUUACUGGCUACAUUAUAUGCUAAAUGUAUUUGUGUUCCCCAAGUGUACAAGCCUUCUAUCAAAAGUAUGUUCUAUAACUCAUAUAAUUCAAGGUGUAGGGUAUGAAAAUGCAAAGCUUAGGAGAGCACUUUACCAAGUUGGUGUCCUCCAAACUGAAAUUGUUUGUAACGAUAGUCUUUACAGGAUUUCAUUUAAAGAUGUUCGUGUGCUUUUAAUUGACAACUAACUUCUUGCUGCUGUAUAGUAAAAUAUUAAUAUAUUUUUAUCAUUAAACUGCUGCAUGACUAUCAUCUUUGAGUGAAGAGAAAAUGUUAUAAAAAAAAAAGAUGCCUUAAACAGUACAUUUUGGUUUGGAAUUCUGUAGAAAGUAUUUUGGUUUAAAAAAAAAAAAAGGAUCUUGUCUGACAGAGAGAGUUCUGGGAAUGGAAUUGUUUCUUGGCAAUCCAGCCAUAUAGAUCUUACUGCUGUAUGUAGAAGACACCACCUGUAGGAGCUGGAAGGUAUCAGUGCUUCUCACAUUGUAAAGCAUUGGCCUAGGAAGGUGAAACUGGUCUUUUUGAAGGAUUUUUUUUUUUUUUCUGCUGGUUCUUUGGGUUUUGAUUUGAUAUUUUAAGCUCCCUGGUUGAGUGUGUUGUCUUUGUUUUUGAGAUCUACUGUAUGUGUUGAAUAACAAGCUAUUUCCAUUGUACUGUGCAUUUUCCCAUUAAAUUGUUUGCUUUUAAUAUUCAUACAAUGUUAAAUAUGAGGUGACCGUACAAUAGUUAGGAAUUUCUUUACUUACAAAAAUCACUGGAAAUGAUUAAAUUGCUUUUCCCCUUCCCCCAAGGUGCAUUUUUCUUAUUUCCAUAUAGUAAAGUUGAGCUUUUACAGUGCAUAAUGUGACAUUUGGAAUGCUUAUCAACUGCAUGUAAACAUUAGUAACCUGCACUUUUUUGUCUUAAGGUUUGUUGAGCUGUUUUGUUCACUGUACUUUUACUGUGAUAUGGAAAAGACUGCAUUCUCUGUGCUGUUACUAGUUAGGAAAGAGAAUUGCUUUGAUUUUGUCUCUUGUUUACUAUAGCUUCUUAAAGUUAAGCCUUGUACUACAGGUUGUUGGAGUACUCCUAGAUCAGUGUUUCAUAGUAGCCAGCAAUAAGUAGUGCAAGUCAACAAAAACACAGCAAACUUAGGCAAAGUGUCCUUUCUUUGAGAUGCGAGUUCUUUCAUGAGGUUUUCUUUAGGGUCAGAGUUACCUAAAGUGAAGCCUUUCUUACCUACAGACUUCAGAUUCUGCUUGGAAUCCUACCGGAUCAAUAAGCACAUAUAUUGUGCAACUGUCUUUACACUAUAACAGUUAAACACAAUCUUACUAAGAUUUUGAAACCAGUGUCUGAUUUAUGGUCAGUGGGUUUAAAAAAAUCCACAUGCAAAUCUUUUAAGACUUGAGAGGUGAUCUUAGAAAAGACUAAGUGUCUGUAAAGAUGCUCUUUUUUGCAUCUUACUUUACCUCCCCAAGCACCCUUCCAACCUUCCCUUCCCUUUACUGUUUCAUCCUUUCCUCGCCCUUCCUCCCAGGUGCUCGGUACUUUACCAAGGUUCUAUAUCUCAGUGUUUUAUGUUGGAGUUUUUCCUUGUUUUUAUUUUACUAGUUGGUAAACCCUGUUUGUGCUGAAAUGAAAAAGGAGAUGGUAUAUUUGACCAUAUGUGUUAUUCAUAGAAGACAGUAUGAUCAAAUGUGCCAAAAACAAGCAAACAAAACUUAAUUCCUGAUAAGUAUGCCUUAUUUUUAAUGAUCUGCUUUGUCUUACGAUUAAGGUCCAAGAGCUUGGUUAAACUAUAUUAUUUGCCUAAGUAUAAAAGAAAACUUGAAAUGCAUUGUAAUAUUUACGUUCUUUAAAAUGAGAGACACUGUCAAGUAAUUUAAUCCAGAGAUCAGCCACCAGAUUUGAAAUGCCCAUAUAUGUGUGUGUGUUUGGUGUUGUUUUUUUUUUUUCUUUUAAAUCACCAAAUCUUUUUUUAAGCUAUUUUUUAUUUGUGCCUCCUAUUUAUCAUGCUGAUGUUAGAAGCAGCAGUCAUCCAGCCACAGAGGGAGCUAAAGUUAACUAACCAGAACUGUAGAAAUCAUUAUACAUGCCUUUGACAACAAAGGAAGUUCAUAAGAAAAGCCAUGUCGGCUUUUCCUAUACUAGAUACAGAUUGAAGGUAGAUGAAUAUUUGCCAAAUGGAAAGGAGAGACAAUGUGAGUCAGGAAAGACAAACUUUCCCAGCUUCCUAAAAGCCAUGGAGAGUAGAAACCAAAACCAACAGGGAAAUAAAAACCUUGAAAGUCUCACUUUCUAGUCCCAUGCAGGGGUUGAAAUUUGACUCAAAGUGGAAAAUAUAUUGGAUAUUUUUUUUAGGUCUUCACAUCUAGAGAUGGAUAACUAUUCCAAUUUGACUUUUCAGGUAAUGGAGAAAGCUGCUAGUAAUUUUAACCCCUGCCUAAAGAAGACAGAUAAUUUCAUUUGGGAGCAAAUACUUAUUGCCUUGAAAAUAGCACUGUAAUAGCCUAUGAUAAUUAGUUGUAGAAUAACCUUUAUCCCUUUUAAACUAUGCAAAUUAUUAAAUAAGUGUAAAUUAGGACUCAAUUAAAGAUAGUUGAUUAUAUUUCAAUCAGAUGGCAUUCACAAACUUAACUGGAGCAUAUACAAAUGAAAUCUAUUAGUCUAAGAGUUUUGUAUGCUAACAGAAAAAUAUAAUUUAGCUACCUAUUCUAAAAAUGGUGAAUAUUAUUAAUAUUGUAUAAUAGGACUGGGAAGACUGCCUCCUUUUUUGAAGAGAGAGAGAUUAAGGAUUUUUAUAAUUGUUUUUCAUCAAAUUUUAAUAUUUUUGUCAAAUUUUUAGGUAUUUAAUUUGUAAAACAGUUUGCUUUGUACUGGCAUACAGAAAAUAGGGUAUUGAUUUUAAACUUUUUGAAGCCAAGUGAUCAAGUACAUUUGUAAUAAAAGUCAAUGGAUCUAUAUCAGUUGUACUCACUGUUUUCAUUUCUUAUUCUUAUUAAUACAGGAAUGCUAUCCUUUUUCUGCAGGAACACUACUAAAUUUGGGUGGAAGGGAGGGGAAGAGAUAAGUCUGUUGAUAAUGAGAAUCUGGGUGGGUAACCAUGGCCCAAGCACUUUAUAUGAUCUUUAAGUCAAUUAAGAUUUGGUAUAUUAAAGAAGAUGCAUAUGUCGAUUUUUUUCUUCCUGUUUUCAUAUGGAACUUGAUGUUUGUGGGGAUUAUCUCAUUCAUUGUUGCUGUGCUGUAACAUUUUGCAUUUGGCACUGUUGAAACUUUCUAAACAUAUUUUUCUUUUAUGACAUUUUGAGUAUAUGCCAGCUGUGGUGAACCCACCAUGGGCAUGAUUAUUACUUCUGUCUCCCACACAUGGUUCGCCCUCUUUUCUUCAAUAUUCCCACUCAUUUUUUCAUAUUUUACACACACACACACACACAGAUUACCACAUGAUUUUAGAAUGGAGAUUUCUGAGAUUGUUGCUGUAGUUGUUUUCAUAGCUCCACAAUUCAUUUUCUUUGUAAGUGAACAUACUUUUAAUAUUUUUCUCCAUUUAAAAAAAUGAGAUACCAAAUCUAAUGACUUUUUUCACUUUUCUGAGUUUCUUCAAUAUCAGAAUGAGAUCCUGCUUUCUAUGUAAAAGGAUGCUUAAAAAGGGGGGAAAUCUUCAGCAACUUAGGUUUGGAACAAUUGGUGAUAACUCUGAGUAUAACAUUUAUAGUUGAAUAUCUUUAAAUAUGAGUAUCUUAAUAAUUUGGAGAGAGAAAUAUUUUUUCGUGAGAGUGGAAUGAAUAGGAAAGAAUUUAUUGGAAUUGCUUACGUAAGCAAAUUCACAAGUUAUUUGUGUUUUCUGUUAAAAUUUACCCAUUUCUAAAUCAAAUUAUAAUAUUUCUGGGUUUUUUAAUUGCAAGUUAACUGAAUUUAGACCAUUUGUAAUAGAGUACACUAUAAAACUAAAAUGAUCACUGCUAUUAAAAUUACUCUUUUCACCCAGCUGCAUUAAUUACCAUAGAGAAUUUGCAACAUAUUUUUAAGAAAACCUGAUUUUAAUAUUUGGGGAGUUAUUUUAUCCUAAAAACCUGAAUUUAAGGCCUAGGCCAUUUGACAGGCUCUUUUCAAACAAAUUUCAUUAUUAUGGGUUAAGUGAGGAUCAUCUAAACUAGCAUUAUCAUAUCAGGUAGAAUUUCAUAAUGCAAAAACAACCAAGUGAAAAGUAAACAAUAUGAUUGAUUCAAGCCAACAAUUUGUCAUCUUACAGCUGCUAAACUGACUACCAAGUUUUGAUGUUGAGUGGUCUAGGCAAUUUAUGUCUCUAGGAAAGCUGAGUAUGGCAAAGGUCAUUUGUUAGAAACAUUUUUCUUAAAAAAGUUUCAUAGUUACUUAUGUAUUUUUAUUUUGUCCCCAUAUUACGUUUGAUAUUUGUUUUUUUUCUUUUCUUUUCUUUUUUUCCCCUGAUGUGCUUUGCUUUUGUGGAAAAUUGUCUUGUUUGAUAGGUAGAAACAUGGUGGUGAUCCUCUAUGUAAAAUAAAAUUAAUUCUUAAGGACCAGAAAUAUUUUACUCAUUUUGGAAUUGCAAGAUUUUUGAAUUUUCAUGAAAGCAUGCUUUGUUUUGAUGACGAUUAGCAGUUUGCUUAUUACAAUUUUUGUAACAUUUCAUAGGAAAAAAAUAAGCUAAAAGUUUAAUUUUCUUGAUUUAGGGUGCACUUUAAUAAUUUGAGAGGCCUCCAAGUUCAAGGACCAAACCUUUAUAUUCUGGAAUUUUGAGAAUCAUGGAAGUACUCUUCUUAACAUGUGUUUUAGUCUAAGCUGCAUUAAAACAGAAGGAUCCUUAGAGGACUUAGGAUGUCCUUAUUGUGAAGUAGCAAACUUAUAGGACAGGUGACUUAUGUAUUCACCUUGACUAGCUCAACCAGUAAUGGGCAUCAGGUAAUGAAUUAUUAGACACAUGUUGGGAUUGGAUCAAGCACCCAUUCAGCUGGAAUGGAUUGGCAAUUUCCAGUGUAGGUAAUUGGUGGCAUUUGACCUACAUCCCUACCAUAUAUGUUUGGCUUUUUUUCCUCCCAUUCUCCUUUUUCCUUGUUUUGCUCUCCUUCUUUAUUCUUUUCCUUACCAUAGGCAUGCCAGUGACACUCAAACUUACCCCUUUAAGAGGGAAGUAAAGAAAUUGCUGGCUCCUGCCUUAGAACAUGGCUAACUGAUCCCAGAAAGAGUUCUGUAUAAUGAGGUAAUUGGGCAGUUUUUUCUGAGUGCUAUUUUCCCCAUAGUCUUAAGCUGGCAAUCUGAAGGGCAUUGAAAUUGUUUUAAAAAAUUUAUGUAUUGAAGAGAGUAAGAAGUAUGUGUAUUUUAGGUAAGUUACUGGGGGGUGAGAUUUAUUAUGGUUUGGAAAUUUGAGAGCAGAAAGGGAACUGUUCAAUGUGUUCAUGAUUUGAAGUGUGAGAGUUAUAUAAGGGAAUGGUCUGGUGGUAAAAUGGGAGAAAUUUUAGGUAGGAAAAGAUACUAAGGUGGAGUCUUAAAUGAGCGUUGUUUGCUAACGACAAUGAAGUUGAUCUUCACUAAUGAAGUUUCAGUAAAGCCAGAGAAAAUGGGUCCCUUGUUGGUUAUGAGAAAGCUGUUGGUCUGUAGCUAGAUAUGAUGAUGAUGAUGCAUUACACAAAUCUGCUUUCAGGUGUAGGAUGUUUGCUUUUCUGGACAAAUUAAGUAGCACAAUAGUGAAAUGACAGCUUUUCUGGUUAAAGCCUGUUGGUACUGGGGACUUACUAUUUUGAGGAAAAGAAGAUAAGAAAAUUUCAAACUUUUUCACUUAUUUUUAAACUAUCAGAAAUAUUUACUAUACAGAUUAUUUUCCUGGGCUCAUGUUACAGUGUAGUUUAGCUUUACUUUUUAAAAUGGUCCUUAGUUCACAAAAUCCAUAUCAUACCUUCAUUUUACAGAACCUUGAGCCUUUGGUCCACAUUAAUUUCUUACAAGAGGAGAGUAAACCAGGUAAAAACACUAAACUGCAAUUUUAGGUAUCUUUUACAUUUGCAUUCCCAAUAUUUAAGACUGUGGACUUUGUGACCCUCAGUAAUACUAUAUUUCUGAAAUUAGACAACAUACCUCCCCAAACUCAAAUUUCUGUUUGUAUUCCCAUUUUCUCUGUUACUUUAAAAUUGUGGAAUUCCCAAGUGUUCAGUAGUGGCAGGUAAUAAUAUAAUUUAAUAUAUCUUGGAAGUUCUUAUGUUCUUCGUAGGGUGAACUGGUAGUGUCUAGAUUUCUGUUCCCAAUAUCCCAGGAACAUUUUUAAUUAUCUAAGAUGAAGAAUUACUAUUACAUUUUGUUUUUUUAAUUACAUAAUUCAAAUAUAUUUGGACUCCUUUUUAGUUUAACAUGGACUUUUUACCCAAAUCUGUAUAUAUUAGUGAUAAAAUUUCUUGGGUAAAAAAAGAGGUUCUAUUUUGUAUCUGGAAAGUUACUUUUUUUUUUUUUUUUUUUUUUUUCACAAAUGCCAAGCUCAUUAACAAUAAAAUUAUUAUAAUUUAUUUUUUAGAAUUAGCAUUUAGUAUGCUUUUCCCAUCCUGCCGAUUUUAAAUUAUGAUACAAUUACAUUCUAUAACUUGUUUAAAUCUGUGCAAAGCCUUCUUAAAUAGCCUCUCCCUUAGGAAUUAUUUUUAAAAAAUGAAUUCCCAAAUCUAGUCAAGAACCAGUGAUUUAAAUGACUGCCUUCGAAAGGAUUCCUUGAGUCUAGUCAAUGGAGAUAAAUGAUAGCCCAUUUCCAUGCUGCAUACAGUUGUUAGGGUUUAUAGAGUUAUCAAUAUGUAAAAGUACAAAAGCAGGAAAGAUGUAAAGUUGCCUAUAAAAUUUCUAGUUUUCAUUAUUUGCACUAUUUAUCUUUGCACUUGAUUUUUUGAAAGUUAAGACUAGUCACUUUCACUUUUGUUUCUAGUCUUUUCUAAUUUCUUACAGAAUUAUUUCAAUAUCCCACCCAAAGCAAAACUUAUAUGCAAUUAAAUAUGCUUUAUAAGUCCAAGAAAAUAUUUCUUAGUGUUAGCUAUGUAGAACAAAAAUUUGUUUUGAUAAAAGUUUUUAAUAUGGGCCUUUAUUUGCCAAUAUAAUCCUUUGUAAAUGUGAGCUUUAUUAAACUAUUUGAAUAGACAAAGUGAAAGCUUAGGAUAGAAAAAUAUAUAUAUAUGUAUAUGAAACGAUGUCUUUGAGUUCCAGCUUCCAGCCUGAGAUGGCCUGGUUUUGGAGUGUUGAUUUAUUUUCACUCAAGUCAAUGAGAUCUGAGACUAGCUGGGUAGUGGCUUAAAAAGCUGGAAGCUAAGUGGGUGGCAAGUGGCAGCUCCCUCUUUUAUGUAGUUUUCCAUAAUGCUCAUAGAGUUUCAUCAUGGUCUAUGUGAUAUAACUGAUAUUGAAAUAAUUACAUUAAAUGAAUAUUCCUUUUUGGAAUUCAAGGUUCACUCACUUUUUGAGGGGGGGAGGGCAGCAAGGGAUAAGAGACUUUAUUUUAACUAGAAGCAUUCUUAUAACCUCAAGAUGUGCUCUAGGAAGAAUAGGAGAACAAAAUGUAUACCUGUGAACAUAUUUUUUGUCUUAGUGAGAUUGUGCAACACAGUGUUCAAAAUUGAAAAAAAAAAAACACCCAAAAAAACAAAAAAAGGUCGAUAGUUUUGUCUAUAGAACAGAAUGUGUUUUGGCUAAAAUUAAUUUUUGUACGCUAUUAUUUCAUUUUAUAGUCCCUUCCCUGUAUCCUUUUGGGCGCUUCAUACUUUAACGAGUGAGAGGCCUCUCUUUAGGAUCUGGUUUAUUUUUGGAAUGCCUGAGUGUGUUUCUCGAUUGGGGGGGUGCGCACAGGGUGGUGUUUUAAUUCUUGACAUGCUCUUCUUAGCAUGUUUUGGUAGUCAUUCUCGAUCUCAUGUUUAUAAAUUCUGUUGAAAAUUCAGUGAUGUAUUGAAAUGGGUAAGUCCUCUAUGACAUAGUGUGAAUGUUUGUGGCUGGACUUUAUUGUAGAACCUUGUGGUUUUGUUUUCAGUUGGGAUAGAAAGUUAAACUUCCAUUGUUCAAAUUUUAGGUUUAUCUAGUGGAAUUGUGCCCGAUAGUUGUCUAACUAUGGACCAAUUUGGGGGAAUGAAGGUUGACAAAUGUGUAUUUGACUCUAGAUAAUCCUUUACUCAAAAUCAUAAAUUAAAGGCUAUAGUAUUAGAGUUGUCUUAAGUUUUAGGUUGUCAGAUCUUCAAAUGUGGAUGAUGAUCAGCAUUGUGUUUAUGAAUUUCCUUAGGGAAAAGAGAAAAAUUCAGUCUCCAAACCUCUUCUUGGAGACUAAACUUACCAUAUAUGGAAAAUGAAAAUAUUUUAGAAAGUGGCUUUGAUUAUUUUUUAAUGGAGUUUAAUCAGCUUAAUUAAUUAUUUUUCCUAGGUUGAAGCACUUAUUUCCCAAAUUUGAAUAAAGGGAAAAGAUCAGCAAUUUGGCCCCUUUUUUCUGAGGCCAUUUUUAGUUUUCUGCCCCCAUUUCCCAACCCUAGUAUAAAAUGAAUUACGGGUAUCCUUCUAAGUCCUUGUAACCCCUUUCUUGAGAUCACAGAAACCUUUGAUAAUCUGAUGAAAGUGAUGGACCCUCUCCCCAG